CACAACUAAAAGUCCAGAGGCCAUCAUCAAAAAAAAUAUCUUAUUCUUUCCACUCUCGUCUUUCUAACAAAUUUCCAUUAUUACAAAAGCAGCUCAAGAAUUCCACAUUUAAGAACACCAGUUUGUAACAGUUGCUUAUUUUGACCAAAAAGUCAACUUCUUUUUGUCUCCCAUGAUCCUUCAGUAACCCUUUGUUUGUUUCUUAAUUAGUUUAUGGGUUUUGAAUCUUUGAUCCAAACAAACAAACAGAGCUCUAAGAUUCAUACAUGAGGAAGAUGAAGAAACCCAGUAUUGAUAUGCGUGAGAUAACAGAGUUCUUGAAUCAGAUGCUGGUGGAGAAACCACUUUAUCCGUUGGUGAUUCCUCUGUUAUUUGUUUUAUGGAGUAUUGAGAAAUGGGUUUUCAAUCUUUCCAAUUGGGUUCCUCUUGCUGUUGCUGUCUGGGCUACUAUUCAGUAUGGAAGUCAUCGUCAGCGAAUUGUUGUGCAAGACUUGAACAAAAAGUGGAAACAACUAAUUUUACAAACAUCCCAUACAACACCAUUGGAGCACUGUGAGUGGCUCAACAAGCUCUUAAUUGAAGUUUGGCCCAAUUUCAUUAGCCCAAAGCUUUCAUUGAAGUUUUCAUCCAUUGUUGAGAAACGUCUAAAGCAUCGGAAGCCAAAGCUAAUUGAAAAGAUUGAGCUGCUAGAGUUCUCGUUAGGUUCAUGCCCUCCUAUAUUGGGAAUGCAUGGCGCUCAAUGGUUAACCGCAGGCGAUCAGAGAUUCAUCCGUAUGGGUUGUGACUGGGACACAAGUAACAUAAGUAUUAUGUUGCUUGCAAAGUUGGCUAUGGGAUCAACUCGAAUAGUUGUAAAUAACGUCCACGUCAAGGGUGAUCUUCUGUUAUCGCCAAUUCUAGACGGAAAAGCAAUUCUGUACUCGUUUGUGUCAACUCCGGAGGUCAGAAUAGGUGUCGCAUUCGGAAGUGGUGGCAGCCAAUCUUUACCUGCAACAGAAGUCCCUGGUGUUUCUUCAUGGCUGGUUAAAUUAUGUAAUGAUUCCUUGAAUAAAACAAUGGUUGAACCUCGACGGCGUUGUCUUUAUUUGCCAGCAGUGGACCUAAGGAAAAAGGCGGUUGGGGGUGUAAUCCAUGUCACGGUUGUGACAGCUGGAUCACUUUCGCGUAAUAGUUUUAAACGAAGGUCUAGGAUAAAUGAUGAUGGGAGUGUAGUAGUAGUAGAUAAUCAUAAUGACACCAUGGGUAAAGACUUUCAUACAUUUGUUGAAGUGGAACUCGAAGAUUUGACUAGAAGAACACUUGAAGUAGCGGGACCCAACCCAACAUGGGAUUCAACAUUUAAUAUGGUUCUGCAUGAUGAUGCUGGAGUUCUUAAGUUCAAUCUUUAUGAAUGCUGUUCAGAUAGUCUCAAUUAUGAUUACCUUGCUACCUGUGAGAUUAAGCUGAGAUACUGCGAUGAUGAUUCAACCGUCUUUUGGGCCGUUGGACCAGAUUCAAGCGUGAUAGCGAAGCAUGCUGAGUUUUGUGGACAAGAAGUUGAAAUGGUUGUCCCGUUUGAGGGCAUUAACUCAGCAAAGCUGAAAGUGAAACUCACUUUAAAAGAAUGGCAAUAUUCUGAUGGGUUACAUAGCUUAAGUGGUCUGCAACUUAGCUCGCGAGGAUCGUCACUACAUGGGUCCAUCUCUAAUUUCCAGCCAAGAACCGGAAGGAAGAUUUAUGUGACCGUUGUUGAGGGGAAAGACCUUUUAGAGAAGGAGAAAAGCGCAAAGUCUUACGUUAAACUACAAUAUGGGAAGACAAUCCAAAGAACAAGAGGUGCAGCAAAUUCACACCCUGCAUGGAAUCAGAAGUUUGAGUUUGAAGAGAUCAGUGAUGGUGAAUAUCUAAAGAUAAAAUGCUAUAACGAAGACAUGUUUGGAGAUGAGAAUAUCGGGGGUGCAAGGGUAAAUUUGGAAGGUCUGAUCGAUGGGGUGGUGAGGGAUGUAUGGGUUCCACUUGAGAAAGUCAACAAGGGUGAAGUCCGCCUUGAAAUUGAAAUGGUAACCAUCAAUGAUUAUAAUCAAGGACCCAUGGCCUCACAAGGAGGUUUGAUCGAGCUUGUUCUUAUUGAAGGAAGAGAUCUUGUUGCUGCCGAUAUUCGGGGAACAAGCGAUCCUUACGUCAGGGUACAAUAUGGAAACUUGAAAAGAAGAACCAAGGUGAUGUAUAAAACUCUGACUCCCCAGUGGCAUCAAACUUUCGAAUUCCCAGAUGAUGGAAGCCUCUUAGCUCUCCAUGUAAAAGACCAUAACGCCCUUUUGCCGACAUCAAGUAUUGGCGAUUGCAUUGUUGAAUAUCAGAGAUUGCCUCCAAAUGAGAUGUCCGAUAAGUGGAUACCUCUUCAAGGAGUCAAAAGGGGUGAGAUUCAUGUUCAAGUUACUAGAAAAAUUCCACAACUACAAAAGAAAGUUUCUGAUUCCGAGCCACCUUCAAGUAGAGGACAAAAAAUUUCUACCCAGAUGAAGCAAACGAUGAUGAAAAUCCGGUCUCUGAUUGAAGAAGAAAACUUUGAAGAAGCAUCUAUGAUUCUGAGUGAGUUGGAAAGCCUGCACGACGUUGAACAAGAAUGCAUCGUUCAACUUGAAACAGAGCAGAUGCUUUUACUUAACAAAAUCAACGAGCUCGGUCAAGAAAUCAUCAACGCAUCACCCAGAUGACCCUAAUUUAUGCUUGUGGAUAAAACUAUAAUAAUUCUGAUAUUAUAUGCAAAAAAUGAUGAUGCUUUGUGUUUCUAGGAUGGGAGUGUACUGAUACAGUAUAUAGUCAAAAAUUUAUAUACCUGUCAACUUCUUUGUGUAGUAUACAUUUUAAAUCUAUAAAUGAAAAGGUAAAAAUUUGGUGGUGGUAGCUUGUAUUUAUUGAGGCGGAUGUUUGUAUGAGAAUAAGUAUGAUGUUAAUUUGUUUCCUUAA